AUGAGUUAAGAGAACAGAACAACUAGAUCUAGUGAAUCAGAUGAAACAUAAGGUUAUUUUGAUAUGGCAAAUAACAAUGAGAGGUUUUACUCUUUUGAACAAAGAAUUGCUUUAAAAUUAAUUCUUGAGAAUGAGGAAACUUUUAUAUUAGCUUAAGAAGUUCCCUAUAAUAUAUCAUAAAUAAUGAACAAAAGAUAUUUAAAUGAGAAUCAACCAAUUUUAGGGUCUGGAAGUUUUGGAACUGUUUUCAUCUGCUGGCAUUUAAUAUCAAAAUAUUUAUGUGCUGUAAAAGUACAUUAAAGAUGUUAAGCUGAUGAGAUUUUACAAUAAGUGAAUGAAUACAAGAUUUAGAAUUUAUUAAAUAUAAAAUUUCCUAAUAGCUCUUUAUUACUACCUGAUAGAGUAUAUGUUAUAUAAGAAUCCAUAAACUAUUUUACUACUUUUGCUGGGAUGGAAAUUGCAUAUACAACUUUAGAUGAGUAUAUAGCUAAGGUUGAUAUUUAAUAUGAUGAAUUUAUUAGUAUAUAUCAUUAAAUCUUAUAAUAAAUAUUGGAAAUGCAUUCUUUAAGAAUAGCUCAUAGAGAUAUUAAAUUAUCAAAUAUUAUGUAUACUUGUUAAAAGGGUUGGUUAAUUAGUGAUUUUGGAUGUGCAUAAUUUUAUGAAAAUUAAAAAGGAAAAUAUUCAAUAUAAGGUACUAGAUAGUACUUGCCACCUGAUUUAAGAAAUUUAUUAAAAUACAAUUUUUAAUAAAUAGAGUGUGAACAGAAUCUUUUUGAUAACGAUAUAUAUUCUUUUUUAUUGUCAAUGUUAAAGGUAUACAAAAAAGGAUCAUCAAUUGUACAGUUAUAAUAGAUGCUGGAUAAUGAUUGCCUUUUAUAAUAAAUGCCUAAUGAAUUUAAAAUACAUGGCAAGAGUUACAAUUAUAUUAAAUUAAACGUACUACGUGGAAUGAAUAAAGUUCCAAUAUAAAAAUAAUUUGAAUAAGAAAAAGAUAAACUAGUCAAUCAAAUAUUUGAAGAAAAGAAUUAGAGUUCAGAGUAUAUUAUUGAAUUAGUUAUCAAAAAACUAAAAUUAUACCAUUUUUCUUCUACCGAUAUUUGGCAUUCUUAUCUUUUGAGUCCUGAUGAUGAACGUAAUAAUGAAUUCAAUUUGAAUAUAUAGACGAAUUAAGAAGUUAAUCAAAUUUUAUAGAAAUAUCGUGAUUUACUAUCGAAUGAUUUUAAAUAAGUAGAAGAUAACUCCUUACUAGAGAUUAUGGAAACUUGA